AUGGAAUUGAGUUCGGAUCCGUCGACUCCUGCCCAGGAGCUCCUCCAGGAGCCCCCUCAGGAGCUCCCGCCCCUCCUACCGCCCCGGAACUUCGUCGAUUCGGAUGAAAUAGAGCAGGCGCCUAGCCCUAGCCCUAACCUACCCUCAAUUCAAGUUAUAUCGACUCUAAAGGACGUUGCGCAAGCUCAAUUCGACUUCUUUUCCAGCGACCCUUUGGCCUCCGCCUCUGAGAUUGAAAACUUUUUCGCCCCUAGCCCGAUUCGGAAGCGGCCUAGAGCCUCACCACCCCCUGAAAGCAGUGCACGCAAAAGGGUACCUACGCUAGGCCGCACAGACCGCCCGGCCAACUUAGGCUCCGGCUCCGACUUCGAUUUCGAAUUCGAAUAUACCCGAGCCUCCGGCACCCCCCGAGCCUCUAGUACUACUACCCGUACCGCCGCACGUGACGGCCCCACCGGCCCUACCCGCCCCACCCCUGGAGCCGAUCGGUUAAGUAAUAACUUAACUAUACGACCAACUACUCCCAAUCUACCGAAUUCGACGUUAAGUAAUAACUUAACUAUACCGUCCUUUGCAAGUAUUGCAAAUCAAGGCUCCAAAGCCUCCGAUCGCCCCCAGGAGUGGACACUUGUUGGCAGAAAGCCUAAACAGGCCACACCGCCUAAAUCGGAACGAUCUAGCCCGAAUAGGCUUAUUGUUACACAAACUCCUGGAACUACUACUUCGUUCUCUCCCCUAGCCGCCCGAAAUGCUCUAAAUAAAGCUUUUACCGACAAAGGAAUCAAAGGCCCUGUAGUUAUUUCAGUGAAUUUGAACCGUAGCGCCGAAGCUACGGAGAGUGCUCUACAGCUAGCUGUAGAGACUAAAGUGGAUAUAUUACUUGUUCAAGAGCUUUGGCUAGUUCCAGGUAAUACCCGCUCAGUACUCCACCCCGGCUAUACUCAAAUUCUACCGAAAACUCACUUACGGCCACGAACGCUAGCUUAUAUAGCUAGGGGGUUUAGGCCUUCUAGCUGUAUAGCUAAUACCUCACCAAACGACCCGGAUUUACUUGUUUUAGAUAUUUCGGAGGCAAACGCGACUAUUCAACUCCUGAAUAUCUACAAUGAGCAGGAUUUAGGCGAUUCGGGCCUACGUACAGUUAAUCGGGUACUUUACCCUAGGGCCCUAGGCCCUAAUACUGUACUAGCCGGAGACCUUAAUAUCCACCACCCCUGGUGGGAUCCGGUAGCACCUACCACUUCUCCUGGAGCCGAAGAGCUAGUCGAUUGGAUCGAAUCUAAUAGCCUAGAGCUACUGAAUACCCCCGGUAUAGGCACCUUUUUCAGGCCUCAUAUGACUAGAGAAAGUGUCCUAGACCUUACUUUAGUCAGCCCAAGCCUAGCCAGCAAAAUCCAGGACUGGAUCGUACUCCCAGAUCUCGGAUCGGAUCACUACGGUAUUAACUUUACUAUUGCCGGCAAUACUAGACCGCUAGUCGAUAAUCUAAGUUUGGCCACCGCUUAUAAUACCGACCUAGCCGAUUGGGCUAUACUUGAGGAAGAAGAGAGUAGUAUAACUAUACUACUUGACGAAGCUUCCAAAGAGCUAACUAAGGCGGUUACGGAGGCGGCGGACCUAAGUAUCCCAAAAAGGAAGGUAGGGGCUAGGGCUAAGCCCUGGUGGAACGAUAGCCUUAAGGAACUACGCCAGAAAAUGAUCCGGAAUCAACGAACGUUUAUCCGGUAUAGCUAUAACUAUACCGCUAAACGCGACUACCUUAUAGCUAAAAACGCCUACUUUUUAGCUAUAAAACAAGCUAAACGGAGCCACUGGAACGACUUUCUUGAAAAGGAGGAUCCAAAGACGAUUUUCAAGGCUAUGGCCUAUACCAGGGACCGACAGAUCGAACUAAUACCGCCUAUCCAGGCUAGUACCAAUCCGGAACAUCUAGAGUCCUCAUUUGCCGGCAAAUGCUCUGCUUUUCGCUCUACGCUCUUCCCACCGCCCCCCGAAGCCCCAAAGCCAACUUGGAAUAGCUAUACCCCUUCGAAUAAGCUCUUUUCGGCCUUAAUUGACGUUGGAUACCACCUUACUUGCUGGAAACAAGCUACUGGAGCGAUUCUCAAAAAGCUAGGAAAGCCUAACUACACUUUACCUAAGGCGUAUAGAGUAAUAUCACUCCUCAAUUGCCUAGGCAAGGUCAGCGAACGGAUUCUAGCUCAACGAUUAGGCUACCUAGCUGAAACGACCACCCUACUCCACCCGAGCCAAGUUGGAGGUAGGCUUAAAAAAUCGGCUAUUGACGCAGCUUUGCUCUUCAAUAACGAGGUCGAAAUAGGCCUAAAACAGAAGCAAAAGACGUCCGCCUUACUCCUAGACGUCAAAGGAGCCUUCGAUCACGUGGCCAAGAACCAGCUAUUGUCGAUACUCAAGGACCUACGCUUGCCUACUAGCCUAGCUAGCUGGGUACAGUCGUUCCUUAGUAAUCGCCUAUUACGCCUAGCUUUUGACGGCCAAAUCGAGCAAUUUGCCGCUCUUAAUACCGGUAUCCCUCAAGGCUCCCCGAUAUCACCUAUCCUGUUCCUUAUUUAUAUAAGGGGCCUCUUUACCGGUAUAGUUACAGCCCGUCCACUCUCCUAUAUCGACGAUAUAGCUCUAAUAGUUACUACACCUAACUAUACGAGUAAUAUUAAGAUACUAGAGAGAGAGGCAGCUAGGCUAUUCGAUCAAGGGGCUAAAAGUGCGAUUCAAUUCGAUCUAGCCAAGACCGAACUAAUCCACUUUGGGCCGAGUAAAGCCAAGCUACGCUUACCGGAUCAAACUCGAAUUGAGCCCAAACAGCUAGUUAGGUGGCGUGCUAGGCAAUACCUAGCUAGGCCCGAUUCGGAUUCGGAUUCAGCUUCAGAUUCGGAACUUAACUAUACUGAACCGACUUUAGCUAUACAGCUUGACCGGAUUACUAGCUCAAUUAGCCGUAUAGUUAGCUAUAGUUACGAACGGAUCCAGCACUUUCAAUUCCCCCCCUGGGCCCGAAAAACACCUUAUUCGGUCGAAAUCAGUCAAUUACCUAAAGAGGAAGAAGCCUUGGCCUAUAAUACCUUAAUAUCGAUCCCAAAUACCCGAAUUACCCACGUUUACUCCGACGCCUCCUAUAUACCCGACAGUAUAGGUGUCGGAGUAGUUAAUAUCGGGGCCGAACAGCUUGUUUACAACGGAGAACUUGAAGGGGUUACACAGGCUAUUGAGUACAUUAGCUCAAUAGCUAUACCCCGGCAAAAAUACCGGAUCUACUCCGAUAACCAAGCUGGACUACACCGCCUGAAAACACCUAGCGAUAACCCCGGCCAAGAUUGCCAAAUUAGGGCUAUUCAGGCUACCGAAGCGGCAAUUCAAAAAGGGGCUAGUAUCGAGCUAGCCUGGGUUCCAGGGCAUACCGAUAUCGAAGGAAACGAGCUUGCCGAUCGCUUAGCUAAGCGAGCUACACUUGAAGAGCCUAGCUCUAAUAGUACUAGCUUCGCCUACCUAGGGAUGAAAAUCAAGGCGAUUCGGAGAGCUGAGUGGUUAAGUUAUUUAACUAACUAUACGACGAAUAAGCCCAAUUCGAAUCCAAAUAGCUAUACCCGCAAGUUUAUCUGGAAAAUAGGGGCCAGGCCCUUAAUUCCACCUAAUACGAAAAGGGAAACAGCUAGUGCCUUUUAUCAGCUCAAACUAGGCCACGGAUACCUCAAAUCGUACCUAUUUAGGCUAGAUCGCUCCAAUAGCGAUCUAUGCCGGUGCGGGCUAGGCCCUCACUGUCCCCAGACUAUAUUGACUCUCAAUCUUAUAAUUUUCGGAGGAGAAUCAAUCACCUUUAUGGAAAAGGCAGACGAGCUAAGGAGCGAGUUUGGCUAUGACAUUUACGUUUUGGGACGGAGGAACGGAAAACUCGUUAAUUACACAUCUAAAGGAUCAUCUAGAGAUGGACCUUCCUGGCCACUCAGCUUGACAGAAGUCGAUCAGAGUUAUCCUAGGCCAGAGAGAUAUACACCGGCUAGUUUCUUAAAACGAGGCACUAAAUCUCUGCUCUGUGAAGGCCGGAAGGGACGAGAUAAUCCUAUGGUGAGAACUGAGGACUUGCAGACUGGAGACAUAACGGGUGCUGGGGGAUAG